UUAGAUGGAAAGAGACAGUCGAGCUUCAAAACGCUUUUAGUAGGAACACGGUUUGAAAACAAUGGAGAGGAGAAAUAAUUAAGAUGAGUUUAGUUUCCGAAGAUAAAACAAAUGCCGCAUUAGCAUUUAGCCUUCUUUUGGGGCCCUGUACAGACCAACUUCGAGAUGUUUUACGCAGAAAGAUUCCAACAAAACGUUUUGCAGCAAUUUCAAAAGAGAAAAGACACAUUAUUCAACCACUUCUUAAUGUUGAUAACUCUAACCUUAUUUUUCCAAAAAAUUGUGAAUAUAAGGGCAAUUAUGUGGAUUUUGACAUCUCGUUGCUUUACAUUCUUUUACGGAACAUCUGUGAUCUACCCCCGCCAAGGAAAGGAUGGAACAAACCUCCCGAUGCUGCCGAUAAUUCUGUCUCUGCUAGUAUUGAGAGAAUUCACCUAGCACGCAACAAUAUUUGCCAUCAUUCAAAUUUCUCAUUAUCCAGCACCGAGUUAGAAGAAUGGUGUUCCAAUGUCAGAGUAGCAAUUAAAGAAUUGGACAGUUUUCUUGAUAACAACGACAUUUAUGUAAAGAAAGUUGAUGACAUGUGCACUAAAGACCCAAAUCUGGAAAUGGUACCCAUUUAUGAACAGCAGUAUUCAAAACUUUUGAAAGAAAGAGAAUCAAUACAAGGUGCAGAAAUUGCAGAAAGUCUAAAAGAAAUUAAGGAUAUGCUUUAUGGAAAGCAAUCAGCUUCGAUGGACUCAAAUCCAUGUGUUCCAAAAAUAUCUUUCACUGGCUUGGAGAUUGAAGGUGAACACUUAAAAAUGAAAUACAGAAUCUGUCCGUCAAACAUAACGUCAAUUACGUUCAGAAAAGGUGAAAACGAAUUACUGAUGUCCGAAAGAUACACAAAACAAAAGAAUGGAGAAGAAUUAACAUUUAUAAUUAUGAACAUUUCCGAAGAGGAUCAAGGACACUAUCAUUGCUUUUUAUCAAAUACCUUUGGAAAUGCUGAACACAAAAUGGAACUUCGGUCUCCUAUGAUAAGGGGGUUUGGUGUGUCUGUCAAAGAAACUGCUGUACACAUUGAAUACUCUAUUGAGAUUCCAGAGCAGUGUAAAAACAUAACGUCAGUACGAUGGUUAAAGAAAGAUAUGCAACUAAGUUGUGGUGGCAGAUAUUUAGGAGGUGGUUUACAUGAUCCGUCACUUGUCAUUCCAAACGCAGACACAAAUGACGCGGGAAAAUGGACGCUCAUCACUAAGAAUAUAUUUGGAAAAGACGAAAAAAUAUUUUAUCUAGAGCCUCCAACAAUGAGAGUGAAAGCGAAAGAAGAAGCUGAAAAUAUUAUUUUGAUAAGUAGCAUCCAGCUGGCAGAUACACCGAUGAUGUCUUCUAAUUUAUCGUGGAAGAAAGAUGAAUGUGCAAUAGGGAAUGAAAGCACAAUCUUGUUUAAUACGUUUGGAAGUCCAAGCUCCACAAUACGUCUUCCUACUGCCAAUACCCAAGGCACAUACGAAUGUAUACUUAAUCAUCCCUUAGGGAGAGUAAUUUCUAAAAUUAGUCUCGAGAAACCUCAAGUAGAAAUGAAUGACUUUCGAAGAAUCAACGAAGACCUGCGUAUUGAGUUUUUCAUAAACGAAUGGGAAUCUAGUCAAGAACUUCUAUCGGUCAUGUGGAGAAAGGAUGGCGUUUUAUUAGAUCUAGAGAGUAACAAGUACCAAUCAAGUAUUGGUUCAAAAUCAUCCUUUACAAUUAAAAAACUUGAGUCACUAGACAAAGGAAAAUACGAGCUUACAGUAACGAGUCCUUUUGGAAACACUACAGAAUAUCGUGAAAUAGAUUCAACGUUUUUGAUGCCGGCUGAGGAACAAUCACUUCUUUGUUACCUUCUUCUACAAAAAACAUUUCAAAGUAAGUACCAAAGGACCCUUGUUCGAAAGCAGACGUAUAAAUUGGCAUGGCAAUUCUGUGCCUUUGGAAGUCCGACAGAUGAAUGUCUAGAUUCUCUUGGGACCGCAAUAGAGCAACAUCAAAGCCAAUGGAGUGAAUUUUUACUUUGGAAAGACGUUAUUUCUCCGACAUCUGUAGAGAGUGCAUUUCAGGCAUUCGGAAAAAGAAAACAUUUUGUAAACUUUUUCUUACAUAAUGCAGAUGCAGAGAAUGCAAAUAGAUUUUGUAGAUCCUCUUCUUAUAAAGUGAAAGUGGAUGAGAUUUGCUGCUUCUUAGAUCCAAGUCAAUUCGAGACAUUGGUAGAUCGAGUUAAGUUUAGCAUUCUUGGGAAUCCUUCAGUAACCGAUACUACAGUGCAUGGAAUUCUUGAAAGAAAGCUUGAUCUGCCAAGGGGAGUACUUCAGUUAGGAUUUGGAGGAGUGCAGCAGUAUCUUCGUGAUCUUGAACAAAGGGAACAUACAAUUUUUCAUGCACGAUGUAUGCUGGUUGGAUGCGAAGGAGUUGGAAAGACAACAUUAUUACAUCGAUUGAUGGGUGAGAAAAAACCAGUGACAGAACCUACAAGAGGAAUAGAUGUUCGUACAAAUCUAUUUGCUGUCCAGAACAAUGACUUACAAGUUCUUGAAGAUAAACAGUAUCCAGGCUUAGUAUCAAAACUAGGCAUACAGGAGAAACUAGGGAAUCAACAAAUGGGGGACAAAAAUAUUGAUGUAAAACCAAAAGUAUUAAACAAAGACCAGAAGGAAGAAAAGAAAAACUUGGAUAAAGAUCAACACUUCACGAAACACAUCAAAAGAGAUGUAAAGGAGUCUCCUCAAAACGAAAAAGUCAUAGAAGAUGUAGAAGAAGAUAAAGAAGAAAAAGUAGAAGAAGAAGACAAAAUUAAGAAAAAAGGAUCAGAAAGAAUUGCAAAGAAAAUGAUUAUAAAUGAAACAAAUGAAAGGUUCCCGAGCUGUGAAAGUGAUCAUGGUAUCAAGAUUGAAAAUAAAGCAAUGGAAGAAUGUCCCAACAGUAAUGAAAGAAAUACAACCGACAACACACUAAAGACACUUUCCAGUUGUUUUAAUUUAGAUGAAGUUUCUGAAGUGAUCAGUUUCUUUGAUUUUGCAGGACAAUUUUCAUAUUAUGCUUGUCAUAGUGUAUAUUUUGGACCAUCAGACAUGUAUAUAUAUGUGCAAGACAUACAGAAAUCUUUUAAAGAAGUUGUGGAAAAAGAUAUAAAGAAAGUUCGGAAAACAGGAACUGCAUCAUUCUCAAAAUGGACUUAUGGAGAUUUCACAGAAUAUUGGCUGCGCUCAAUUUUUACUCAUACGAUUGGUGUACCUAAGACUGUAGAUCGAGAAAAGCAGACAAAAGGAAAGAUUGUGCCUUUGAUUAUUGUGGCAACACACACAGAAAAGAAAAGCAGAGAAGAAAUUGAAGAUUAUUUUCGAAAUUUCCGGGACAGUGUUCCAUCGUUUAGCUACUAUAUUGAUUACAGACGGGCUUUUGGGUCAGGAUUUACUGAAACUGUCGAUGAUCUGAAAAAAUGCAUACUUGAAGUAGCAGCAACCUUGCCAACUUGGGGAAAGAAAAUUCCUUGGUCUUGGUUUUUCCUACAAACUAUCAUUCAGAAGCAUAUGUCAGAAAAAAUAAUCUUGGUUUCGGAAAUCUUCAAAGAAUGCAAGUCAGUGUUUUUAGAUUUGGCAGAUCUAAAAGUACCUCUUACCUUUCUGCAUAAUAUUGGUCAAGUACUAUAUUAUGCCGAAGAUGAACUACAAAAAUACGUAGUUGUAGAUGUUCAAUGGUUUGUUGAUGCUUUCAAAAACAUUAUAACAGACGAGUCGCACGCACGUCUUGAUACUCCACAAGAUCUUUAUCAAGAGUGGAAAAGGUUCAAUGACACAGGAAUUCUUUUUCAUACCCUUAUAAUCAAUAUCUGGGAAAGAAAAGAGAAAGGAUCUGAAUAUAUAAAAAAUAAGGCUCUGAUAUUGCUUUUCAUGAAAAAGUUGAACUUAAUAUCCACCAUUCAGGACACUGGGUCAAAGAGGGAUAAAGAAGAAAUGUGGUAUGUUCCAUGCAUGAAUAAAAUGGAAUUUCCAGAAAAUGAGUUCGAGCAUAUUCAAAAGUCGUCCUCUCUAUGUUUCAAGUUUGAGUAUAUUCCACUAUAUCUCUUCCACCAAUUAAUUGCUGCAUGUAGCAACUCCUUGAAGUGGGAAAUAUACAGAAUGAAAUCUCUCUGCAUAUAUGAAAACUCCGCCCUUUUCAAAGUAUGUGGAAAUAAGGUUUUGGUUGGAAUGCACCUAAAUGAUAUAAUUGCUGUACAAGUAUUGGACUCAAAGAAUGUGGAUGCAUUCUUCUUUGUCGAAAUAAGGAAACAUUUGACAAAUACAAUUCAAUCGUUGAUAAAAAAUAUCUCUAUGGAACCUUUUGAAGUAGGAUUUAGCUGCAACAAAGAAGUUUUAGGAAGGCAGCAAGGGGGCACAUUCCACUUUGUCGGAGAAUCAAUGUUUAUUGGAGAUCGUAUUCAUUGUUCAGAAUGUGGGUUUGGACAUGAAGUUGAUGUUAACGAAAUUUCAUGGAUUUGGAAAAUUCCUGAUUCAUUUGAUUUUCAGGGUGAAAGGUCGAGCUCCACAAGGCCAGAAUACUUUAAAACACCAAUCAAAGGAAUUUCAGUCACUGUAGCAACAGGAAAAUCAUUCACGAUGAAGGUUGACGUCAUACUUACAUUUGCUGGUAGUAAUCUACAAGUAAAUCAUGCAAUGUUGGAGAAAGCAUUUGGAAAGUACGAUGUAGAGGAAAUCAAUCAGAACAUUGUAAAAGACUACCAUUUUGGAAUUUCUCUUGGUCAGGUGGCUGAUAUAUCAACUGGAACACUUCCUUGCACAAGACUCUUUAUAGGUGCAAUGCCAAUAUAUUCUGCAAAGAUAUUUCAGAAAGUUCUUAUAAACUGCUUACAUAUUGCAACUGGUAAGGGAUUGAAAUAUCUUUGUAUAUCGUGCCUUGAAUUCAAAACUCAGUUUGCCUCUGCUGUUCAGAAUGCCCUUCAAGCAAUAUCACAGUACGACACCAUCUUAUUAGGAACAACUGUUGAGACAAUCUACAUUUUUGUUCCAGAAGAAAACGCACAGAUCUAUAAUGAUAUCCAGAAAAUUAUAAAAGAUUUCACUGUUUCUGCAGCUGAGUUUUCAAUGAGUUCUGAAACAUCAAAAAAUAGAUCAUCAAGUUUUUUUACUUCAAUGAAAAAGAUUAUAUCUAAUCUUCGCAAUAAGGAUGAAGAAGAUGAAGGAGAAGUAGCUAUCUGGACUCUACCACAAGUAAAGACUGGAAGACAAGAGUAUGAGUUUUCAAUUGAUGGAAUUUGCGUUUGCCUUCAUAAAGGUGACAUAACACACAUUAAAACUGAUGCGAUUGUGAAUAGCACAAACAGCGAGUUUAAUCUCAGAUUAGGACAAGUGUCGAAAAAAAUUCUAGAGAAAUGUGGAAAGACAUUAGAGAAGGAAUGUUCCAAAAAAGAAUCCGAAAUAAGAAAUAAAAAGGUCGUGGAAACUUUGGGAUAUGGGUUGGAUGUUAAAUAUAUCAUACACGUCGCAUGUCCCCUCACGGUAUCCGAAUGGAAAAAAAGAUUACAGGCAGUCUUCCAGAAAGCAAAUGAUCUGAAAUGCUCCUCCAUUGCACUACCUGUCGUCGGCACGGGUAAUGCUUUGAUCACCUAUAGUGUAGAGACGAUGUGUGAAGCAAUUAUGGUCAGUUUGUCUUACUUUAGAAAUAGUAAUGACAAUCCGACACUUCAAGAUGUUAAAAUAGUAAUUUUUGAGACAGAAAAAUUCGAGAAAGUUCACAAAUUGCUAUUACAAGUCGUCAAACGUACACAAUCUAAUUAAUACAAAAGGGCGUCUUUACAUGAUAUUGGUCUCUUUAUUUUUUUUAAUAAAGAGAUGUGUUAACGAUAUAACUUUAUUGUAUCACAAAUGUGUAUGCACACAGUAUGUGUUUCAUGGCAAAGAGAUGUGCAAAGAAAUUUUAUUUUGUGGAUAUGCAUUUUUCUCCUCAUAUUUUAAAAUGCUGAUUGUCAGUUUUUUUUCACUUUGUUUUCACCAUAA